AUGUGGUGGGAUACGACCAAGAUCGAGGCUACCGUGACGAGACAGUUUGUUUGUUCGCAUUUGCUGCCUCAGGAAAUCCAGCGUCUGGAUCAGCAGCUAGGAUUCGGUGAUGGGUUGACCGAUGGCACAUAUUGGGAGUGGAUCGAACAAAAGGCCAAGCGCAUCUUCUUAAUCCUGCUUGAGCUUGGCAUCCCGGACCAGAUCUUUGGCGUGGUGGACGACUCUUGGGACGAUGACGACCUGCCUAUUCCCCUGGACCAGGUGGAGCGGCUGGCGUUGACGGCUCGGCCCGACGAGAAAGUCGACCGCCGGUUCUACCAACGCCAGUUCCACUUUCUCGUCCGAUACCUCGAGCAGGGCGACCAUCUUGACCUUGCCGAUGUCGAGCUGCCGCCGCUGGAUGUCGUCGACAAGAAGACUGGGAUUGUACAGACUGCGGUUGACAAGAUCCAGCUUGGAAACAAGCCCGGAGUGACAUUCAUGCGACGACGAUUCCCUUUGGCGCUCGGUCCUGGCCAGAUCCCUCGUGACCAGUUUCUUGCCGAGCUCAAGUCCCUCAAGAGGAUCCAAACCACCCACGUCCUGGCGUAUUACGCGUCUUAUACUCACCAAGGCUACGGAUACAUCAUCUUGUCCCCUGCCUGGGAGUCCAACCUCAAGAGCAUCUUAGUGGCUCUGCCGCCGCCGCUCAAGGCAUUAGAGAAGCAGAUACGCCGGGAACUCAUUCUGAACUGGAUACACUGUCUGGCAGACAGCCUCUGCUAUAUCCACAGUAGAGGCCGGUCUCUCGGCAACAUCAAGCCGAGCGCGCUAUUUGUGGGCAAGGAUCACGACAUAUUCUUUACCGAGUCUCGCUUCGGCGUCGAUCUCGCAUCACAAACCACAGGAAGCAAUUUCGACAAGGAGGCAUACGACUAUGCCGCCCCGGAACAAUGGUACCGGCCCAGCAGGAAUAGCUCCUUCGAGACGCACCAGCACCGCAAAAUGUCGAGUGCGAGCCCGCCGGGGAACACGACAUUUGCGAUAUCGCGAAGCUAUCCAGAUCCACCUCCGCCGGCCGCACAUAAGCCAGUUCCACAGCUCGACCCGCAGGCGGCUGACGUCUUUUCUCUGGGCUGCAUCAUUCUGGAGAUCCUCGGGCUGCUUCUAAAGCGCCAAAGCAAGAACUUUGCCGCCCAUCGCGCUGCCAAGCAUAAGAUGGCUGGGCGCGGUGGAGCAGUGCCAGACUCGUCUUUCCAUCAGAAUAUCGGCCAGGUCGAGUCUUGGAUGACCAGCCUCGCCAAAGACGCCGAGAAGAAGGACGCCAAGCCCAUGCAGGGCAUCACCCCGAUGCUGCAAGUCGUUGCUCGGAUGCUCUCGCUGGCACCACAGGACCGGCCCACGGCGCAGGAUGUGGAGCGCUCCAUAUACCAGAUCCUCACCAGGGACUGCGAGAUCACGGAGCCGCACUGCGUGCACGAGUACGGCGGGCUGGCGCGGGGGAUCGGGAGCCUGCGGCUCGGUCUUGCCGAAGCCAAAGAGGACCAGCCCAGCUGUCGUGAUUGGCGCGCAGUGGGAGCUGCCGACAAGUUGAGUUUGUGCAAGUCUCCCAGAGGCAUAUACUAUGGUAAGACCAGCUAA